CAUCCCGAUAUACUAACCGCUAUGCAUAACCUUGCAUCAACAUACCGGGACCAAGGACGAUUGAAAGAAGCAGAGAAGAUAGAAAUACAGGUCCUGAGGUCCUUCGAGCAGAUACUCGGACCAAAACAUCCCAAUACCUUGCUAACCAUGACCAACUUGGCUAUGACAUAUGAUCAUCAAGGACGAUGGGAUAAAGCGGAAGAACUCGGAGCUAAAUCACUCAAGGCACGGCAGGAGGUACUUGGACCGGAACAUCCAGACACCCUCACCAGUAUCAAUAACCUCGCCUUGGUAUACAUGCAUCAGGGCCGGUGGAUUGAAGCACACGAGUUGCAAUUGCAAACCAUGAAGAUUCAAAAGCGGGUGCUGGGAUUGGAGCACCCCGAGACUCUAGGAACUAUGCAUAACCUUGCUUGUACCAACAAAGCCCUUAACAACCCCGAUGCUCUUGAGAUGAUGGCACGGUGUUUGAAG